GAGUGGGAUUAAUUAGACAGACUGCGGUUGUUCAAUGGCAAAGCAUUCCGGCGAAAUGGAUGGAUUCUGGCGGAUGAAGAUGAGAAUGGGAGUGUCGACGUCAGUGAAGCCUCGAUCGAGCCUUGAUCGGAUGUGGUCGACUAAGGAGAUACCUGGAAGGCGUUCCUAUUCACAACCUCUAGAUCCUGAGGAUUUCAGCGACGUCUUUGGCGGACCGCCGAUGAACGUACUGCGACACCAGUUAUCUGGCGAUGGAGACUUCAUUAGUCCGUCUUCUUCAUCAUUCUAUGAUGAUAUUUUCCAGAUCCCGGAGACUGUGACUCCAAUUAGGUCCUCCGGAAGCAGCAGGAGUUUGCCGGAGUUAAGGAUUCCGCGUUCGAGCCGAUUAGAAACAAGCGUGGAUGAUUUCUACGGACAUAUAUUUGCGAAGGAAGACGAAAUACGAAUGACGAGGUCGCGAUCGCAAUCGCAAUCGCUAGCGAAGUCGUCGAACUCGAAAUCUAAGUCUAAUUGUUCAUCAAUGUUGAGCUCCGAUGAUACGAGUCCUCUCCGUCCAGCAAUCACCAUCAACAACGUCGCAUUUUCUGUUAUCACCUCGAAGAUCAGGCCCAUACAUGUACCGCCGCCUAGAUGGAACUCAACCGCAAGUAUCCCGGAGAAACCUGAACAACAUGGCUCAGAUCCUAAUUCCUAUUUCAAUCACCAAUUUACAUCACCAGAAACCAUUAGCCUUGAUCCGAAUUCUAAUGGAAGUUUCAAGGUAUUCAUUGAUGACCUUGAACUCAACUCGUCUUCUUCGUCUUCUUCUUCUUUCGUUUCAUCUCUAUGCCAAGAGAUGGCGAAUGAACCAUUGCCGGAGGAGGAGGAAGAAGAUGACGAGGAUAUGAGCUCCUAUGUUAUCGAGAUCAAUUCUGACCGUAGGGAAGGGACUGAAGAAGCGUAUGGUAUUGAUGAAGCCAUUGCUUGGGCCAAAGAGAAAUUCUACUCAGUUAGUCGAAAGGAAGAAGAUGAAAAGAAUCAAUCUCCUAACCCUAAAGGAUCACCAAUUACCAAUGGAUUGUCUGAUACAAAGAUUAUCAGCUACAAAAACUUGUCAUCCCCUGAGAGAGAGCUCCAGCUCUUAGAUGCAGGUAUAAAGGAAUGGUUAGUUGGUAAAGAAACUAGCAUCCGUCAAUUGCUCUCAACAUUGCACCAUAUCCUAUGGGAAAACAGUGGCUGGAAGGAAAUCCCGAUAACAGCCCUUAUCGAGAAUUCACAUGUUAAGAAGGCUUAUCAAAAAGCAAUUUUAUGCUUGCAUCCGGACAAAGUUCAACAAAGAGGGUCCACAUUCACUCAGAAAUAUAUAGCAGAACAGAUUUUUGCUAUUCUUCAGGAAGCCUGGGCAACAUUUAUAUGUGAAGAUGUUUAGUCUUUUCAGCAAGAGGAUGCAAGUUCAGCUCCAACAUCAUAUAUAUACUGCUCUGCUAGUGCUCAAGUAAGGUACAUUUUCGAAUAAAGAAUCCAUGAAAGACUAGAAAACUUUCAUUGAUUGAUCGGACAGAAACCGCAAUAUAAAAUAGUAAAGAUUUUGUACUGUUGUGUGUAUAUGAAGUUAUGAACAGAUAAAUCAUAUGGAUCUGGAGGUUUUGUACCAUAAACAUCUUUAAUUAGUUUCCUCCAUUUGAUUAUCUGUAUUAAACUUUACAUCAUUAGAUGUAGGUUAAUGUAAAUCUUAGCAUGCUUGGUUUGAUGA